UUUUCUAUCGAUUUCUUCAAUUGACGGCUUUUGUUGUUUUUUGUGCUUUAUGUAAUAUCUUUACUUUACUUUCAAUAGCAAAUAACAAAUAUAUACACAAAUACAAACACAAACACAAACAAACACAAACACAAUAAUCAAUUAAUCAAAUAAUUAAUCAAUCCACGAAAAUCAACUUCACCUCAUUCACCCCCCAACGGAAACCAUCGGGACACAACCCGCACCAUCAGCCAGCCAAGCUCAACCCGAUAAUAUCCCACAUUGCCUUGAUUCACCACCAACAUUCACUUCCUUAGUGCGACCAAGCCCUUCCUACCAAGGUAUUUAAGCCAUCCCCUCAAACCACCCACCUACUCCAGCCCUUUUUAUUCGCUCGGGAGGAAGCGCAUUCCGCCCACCACCGAAAAUAUUCGCGAAAAGAUCGAUUCCGUGCUGGCUGUGAAUACGGCGUCGGCAAGUACUUUUAAGGAUACGGACGUGUUGCCCUUGCCGGUUACGACACCGAAGACGCCGCGGGUGAAGGGGUUGAGGGAGAGAGUAGAGGAUUUGGAGGAGAUGGUGACGAGUAUGAGUAGGUUUUUUCCUGUGUGCUGGUUUUGUUUCUAUUCUUUUCCUUUUCCCUUUUGCGUGUUUUUUUCAGGCGGGGUGAGAGGAGGGGAUGAGGUGAGGUGGGAAAGAGGAUAUAAUUUAUGAUGCGAUAGUAUUACUUCGCAGGUUUAGAGAAGGAAAAAAAUAAAAAGAGAGCAAAAAACAGGAAAGAGAAGAAAUCCGCAAACGCUCCCAGGCAAGCCAAUGAGGGAAAAGAACGCCAAAAAAAAUCAAUUCAUAAGAAAAAACAGAAAGCUAACAAAAUCAAAACAGAAGAAGCAGCGCAUGAAUGCGUGUCGGAAGAAGCGCUCGUCCAUCUGAAAUCAUACAAAUAUUCGAGCGUGGAUAAGAGUUUUAUCUCGAAUUAUAUCCUGAAACAUUAUGUGGGUUUUGAUUUCUCAUCCUUUUUUUAAUUUUCUCUUGAGUGGCGGCGGGAGAUGGAUGGAGGGGAAUGAGGGAGUUUUCAUGUCUGCAGCCGAUCUUUGGGGCGUUGGGUAUGCCGCAUGGAGGGGAACAGUAGAUAUUUUGAGCGCAGCGGGCUUGAAGCUUGAAGCUUGAGCUUAAGGGUUUGGGCAGAUGAGUAAGGAGUGGCGUGAAAGGUUUCAUGCCAAUGUUCUAUUGUUCUUGAAACGUUUCUACAUAAUAACUUGGGGAUGAAAUAUCGAGCGCAGGAAGCUAUUGGCUUUGAAGAAAGCAGAAUAAGACUAACAAAAAUCAUUAUAGUGGAAUGGCUUCGUCGAAUUAUUACCAUUAUGGAUUGCGCCAAAUAUGGUUACGUUGUUGGGAUUCUUUUUCAUCCUCAUCAAUGUUAUCUUUUUGGAGCUCUUCAUGCCGGAUUUGGUUGGACCUGUAGGUGUUUUUCUCUGCUGGUUUUCUAUACUCUUUUAGCCUGAACCCUCCUGCUCUCCAUUGACCUAUUUUCCCCUCCCACACAUCCUUAGGUCUACAAAUAUGCAAUCAUUACAGAUACUGACAAAAUUCGUAGGGACCAUCAUGGUUAUAUUACAGUUUUGCCUUCGGUCUAUGGAUGUAUUCAACAAUGGACAACGUAGAUGGAAAACAAGCGAGAAGAACCGGAACAUCGAGCGGUCUAGGUGAACUCUUCGACCACGGAAUCGAUUCUCUAAAUUGUACACUCGCAUCACUUUGCGAAACAGCUGCUAUGGGUUUGGGUACAUCAAGAGCUGGAAUCUUCACCGCAUUGAUUCCAUGUUUACCCAUGUUCUUUUCAACUUGGGAAACAUACCAUACACAUACAUUAUACUUGGGAAUUUUCAAUGGACCAACAGAAGGAUUAAUCUUGGCUUGUACGAUCAUGAUCCUAAGUGGAUAUUAUGGACCAGAGAUUUGGACACAUCGAAUUACGGAUUUAGUCGGUCAUCAUUACUUCCUCGGAUAUCAUGAAUUUUUCGGUUCUUAUUCCGUUAGAGAUCUCUGGGUACCAAUUCUCGUCGUCUCAUUAUUCGGUAUCCAUGUUCCUUUCUGCGUUAUAAAUGUGGUUAAAGCAAGGAGAAGAGAUAACUUACCUGUUUUGCCGGUUUUCCUCGAAUGGACACCUAUGGCAGUUUUCACUUUCAGUAUUGGUGCUUGGCUUUUUUCUCCAUACUCAACACUCAUGGCAGAAAAUCGUUUGGUCCUUUUCUGUCUUACAAUGAGUUUUGUCUUUGGAAGAAUGACAACGAAGAUUAUCCUAGCACAUCUUACAAGACAACCAUUUCCUUAUUGGACAGUUAUGCUUACACCACUUGUUGGGGGUGCUAUCCUUGGUAAUCUCCCACGAUUUGGCUUACCAGCUGUUAGCGUAGGAGUGGAAUUAUGGUAUCUAAGAGCAUACUUUGUUUUUGCUCUAGUGGUUUAUUUUAGAUGGGCUUGGUUGGUGGUUACAAGUAUUUGUAACUACUUGGGAAUUAAUUGUCUUACGAUUCCAGAACAGAAGUUGGAGGAGAUUUAUAGAAAUCAAGAAAUGGAGAAGAGGUUGGAGAAGAGGGGUUUGGAGGUUAAUGGGAGGAGAACACCUAGUGGAAGUGGAUCGAAGAGUCCAAUUGGAAUGCCAAAUGGGAAGAGGGCUGAUUAGGUUGGUGGUGAGGUUGAAGAUGUGCAGACCACAUUUUCGAAAUCGUGGGGGUUAGAUGAGGCAUUGGGAAGAUGAUUAAUGGUAUUCUAGAGAUGCGCCUAGGGGACACAACGAAGGUCGUUCUGGGUUGGUAUGGUGAUACGGGUGAGUGAUGAACAGGUGAUGAGUAAUGAAGUAGUCAUUCGGACAUACCAUGAGGUCAAAUAAAAAAAAGGCAUGAGUUCACGUAUAGAAUGGGUGCAUGUAGAUACUUUAUACAUUUUUAAUACCGAGAAUUGGGAGCGGAGAGGAGAGGAGAGGAGAGGUAGUGAGAAAAAGGGGAACCUCGGAAAGCGAGAUGUAGAAACCAAGGCGGGAUGUAGGAAUCAAUGAACAGCGGUACUAUUAUCGCGUAGUGUUAUAUGAUAUAAUUGAAGAAAAUCAAAUCAAAUAAAACUCUUGUUAUAAAGAGAGGUAUAAGAUAUAGAGAGUUUAGUGUGUGUGUCGUGGAUGGGAUUUAAUAUGAUAUUAUUUUU